AUGAAACGAGGAACGUCAUCUGUUGCGCAUGGACCCGAGUCUCAUGAUGGAGCCGCAAAACGUGGCGGUAGCGUCUCUGAGUUCUACAAAGAAGCACCGACGACAUUAGCAGCGCCCGGUGAUCGACUGCCUGUGUCCGCGCCCGAAGUGAAGGGGUACAAGGAGAGACCACGUGCGGUGGACUGGAAGCGACAAGGGACGGCACGACAGGACGCGUCGCGGUACGACGAGAAGGUUGAGGUGUCGGGGUCGGAGGGUGAUGUGGCGCGGUUGAAGGCAACGGGUCGGCCCUGUGGAAACUGCGAGCCACGAUGUGCGUGCCUCGAUAUGCACGUCGAGCCUAUACUUGCAUUGACACCACAAGUGGUCGUGGACCCUUUGACAAAAGUUCGUACACGACACCAAGAACGGACCUGCGAGGGUUGA